GCGCGACAUGGCGCCGAUUGCCAUGCUCCAGUCAUAACAUUCCGCGCCGUUCCAUCGUCCUUUAAUCAAUACACGCCAUUCUCUCGUUUUUCUUCACUGUAACGGCUGCUAUGGUGUGUGUUCCAUGCAUAUUUCUCCCGAUUUUGCUUGCCAUCUACCUCAAGUUCAUCCAGCCGUUUGUGUUAAGAAUACUUCCUGAGAAAUGGGUAACAUUCUUGGAUCCCUAUUUGUACCCAACAUGCCCUGCAAAGCCUCCACCAACAGUUUCGAAGGAGAAUGAGACGGGAGAUGCUUCAGCAGCUUGCUGUGCAGGUGGAGAGACUGCAAAAGAGUCAAAAAAAGACCUCUAAGCACUGCUCUGCAGAGGACUGUCACUCAGUACGUGUACGCUGUGAUAAAUCUCUUGUCAUCACUCUUUUUACUUACAUGUAAAUAAUUUCGAAUGAUUGAUGUCCUAAUGUAGGGGAUUUUAGAUGUUCGCCGUUUUAAGGAUUGUAUGUAUGUGCAAAUUAUUA